GGAAGGGGCGGUGCGCGCGGCUCCGGUGAGCGGCGGUACCGCCGGGGCCGCGGACCGGGGAGCUCGGGAUAGGCGGAGGGAGCGACGGAAAAAUGAUUUCUGAAAGCAGCUCCUUCAUCAAGGGUGUGGUGCUUGGAGGAGUUUUCUGCAUGUUGGUUACACUUCUCGGACACAUUAAGGUGGGCCACGGGACCAAAGCACAUCACCACGAGCAUCAUCACAUCCAGGCUCCCAACAAGGAAGAUGUCUUAAACCUUUCAGAAGGUGAACGUGUGGAGCUUAGUAAAAGCAUCCGUGUUUAUUGUAUCAUCCUUGUCAAACCAAAAGAUCUGGGGCACUGGGCUGCAGCAAGGGAGACCUGGAGCAAGCACUGCGACAAGGCAGAAUUCUACAGCUCAGAAAACGUCAAAGUGUUUGAUUCUGUAGCCGUCAACACCAAUGAUAUGUGGGUAAUGAUGCGGAAAGCUUACAAGAUAACAUAUGAACGCUAUAAGGAUGAAUUCAGCUGGUUCUUCCUUGCAUAUCCAACAACAUUUGCUAUAAUUGAAAAUCUCAAGUAUUUCUUACUGAAAAAAGACCCCUCGCAGCCUUUUUACAUAGGCCACACUGUGAAAUCUGGUGACCUUGAGUAUGUAGACGGUGAGGGAGGAAUCGUCUUAAGCCUUGAGUCACUAAGACGACUUGCCCAUGUCCUUGGAGACCCUGACAAGUGUCCAGAGCAGGGAGGUAUGAUUUGGAAACUCGCAGAGGACAAGCAGCUGGCAAUCUGCCUGAAGUACACCGGCGUGUUUGCCGAAAACGCCGAAGAUUCAGAAGGGAAAGAUGUCUUUAACACUAAAUCUGUCGGGGCCCUCAUUAAGGAGGCCAUGUCCACUCACCCGCAGCAGGUGGUGGAUGGCUGCUGCUCCGACAUGGCCAUCACCUUCAGCGGGCUGGCCCCCAAUCACAUGCACGUGAUGAUGUACGGGGUGUACAGGCUCAGGCCCUACGGUCACUCAUACAGUGAUGCCCUGGUCUUCCUGCCCCCACCGGGCUCAGACAAUGACUGAUGUGUCCUCAGGGAAGGCCUGGAACCGUGGUGUCGGCUCUUCUCACAACACACAGUUGUUGUACUGACACAUUCUGGUACUGGUGUACAGGUUUUUUUGCACAUUGAGGGUUGGUAAAGCUCUUAAUUUUAAAAGUGGAAGGAGAUUUUUUUUCUAAAUCUUUUAUAGAGAAAUGCUUCUGGCUUUUGACAGAGCUGGAAUGAAAUGAUAAAAAGAAGUUGUUAAUGUUUAUUAUAAAAGGAGAUUAAGUUUAUGGGGGGUUUGUAUAUGUAACUAUUUAUUAAUGAAAACUCAAAUGAACUUUAAUCUACUCUUACAAAUAUAUUUUUGCAAGACUUUGGUUAUUUCAGCUCUUCCAGGCAUUUCUAGAAUGUCUUUAUAUCUUUCUAAGGUGUACCAAUAAAACUGACUACAGAUUCAGUCUCAAA